AUGAUUAGGACAUACCCAAAUCUUAUUAUAGCUGUCGUAAUAGUACUUUUUGGCCUUCCGCAUCAGUGGUCAUCAGCUAAUCAAAAUAUAGCAAGAGAUUUAUACAUUGGAGGACUAUUUCCUUUAAAUGAUUCUGAAUGGGUUGGCACAAAUCGUAUUUUAUUGGCUACUCAACUAGCUAUUCAACAUGUAAACGAAGAUCCGACCUUACUUCCGGAUUAUAAUUUGAAAUUGAUAUGGAAUGGAACUAAAAGUUCAGUUCCGUAUGGCUUAAAAAUUCUUUAUGAAUAUGUCUACCAUGCACCUAAGAAAAUUAUGUUGCUUGGUUCGGGGUAUUCUAGCGUAACCGAACCUAUCGCCGAGACAUCGAAAUUAUGGAAUCUAGUUCAGUUUUCCUAUGGUGCAACUUCCCCUUCGCUAUCCGAUAAGAAAAAAUUUCCUUUUUUCCUACGUACAAUACCUUCGGAUGCUUCUAUGAAUGGCCCACGCGUUGCUUUAUUAAAAGCCCUUCAGUGGAAAAAAGUCGGCUUGAUUUACCAGUCCGAAAAUAUUUUUGCUGUUACUAUGGAAGAAUUAAUUAAAUUGCUAAAAAUUGAAGGUAUUUCGGUGCUAGCUUCCACAGUAUUUACCAAUAAUCCUAAAAACCAGAUUGAACAGUUGAAGGCUAGUGACGCUAGAAUAAUUAUUGCAAGCUUUUAUGAAAAAGAAGGUAGAAAAGUUAUGUGUGAGGCUUAUCAUCAAGGCUUGAAAGGCCAAAAAUAUGUCUGGAUAUUUUUGGGAUGGCUUAGCGGAUACUGGUGGAAUCAUGACGUCAACACUGGCACAUCGAAUUGCACUAGAGAACAAAUGAUUGAAAUGGUUGAUGGUCAUUUAGCAACAGAUACUGUGUCCUUUUUUCAGAGUGAAAAUGGGAUAUCACCAAUUCAAGGCCAGAAUGUUCAAGAAUAUAUGAUCGAGAGAAAUAUUACCUUGAUGGAAGAUCAUGAAAGUUACGGCUACAGUAAUUUCGCAUAUGAUGCGAUUUAUGCUAUGGCAUUAGCAUUAAAUGAAACUCAUAAUGAAAUGCAGCCAAAUCAGUGGUUGACAGAUUUCUCCUAUGAUAAUCAUCAGAUGGCUCAGACAUUAAUUAGAAACUGUUACAAAGUUAACUUUACAGGAAUUACGGGGCCUGUGGAAUUUGACAGUAAGGGUGAUCGCAUUGGAGUUGAUAGCAUUACGCAAUUGCGAUAUAGUAACGGAAAACCCAAGAAAGUCAUUAUUGGAUUUUAUUAUGCGGCCACCUCCAUAUUACAGUGGAGUAACAACAGUAUUAGCUGGCCUAAUGGAAAAAAGCCGCAAGAUUCUACUGUAAUGAUACGCUCACUGGAAUAUGUAUCGACGCCUAUAUACAUUGUCAUGUGCGUAUUAACAUCAUUUGGCAUCGUUGUUGCCUUGAUUUUCCUCUUUAUCAACAAUUACUACCGCAAGAACAGUUUCAUUAAAAUUUCAAGUCCACGAUUGAACAACAUUAUUUUAGUUGGCUCGGUCUUACUAUAUUCUACAGUCUACGUUCUUGGACUAACUUCAGGGGAUGCAAGUAAAACCAGUCAAGCUGGUUCUAAAUUUUCUACUGUAUGCGUGGUCAAAACUUGGUUACCAGUAUUUGGCUUUACCUUAGGAUUUGGUGCUCUAUUUGCGAAAACUUAUCGCGUAUAUAAGAUAUUCAAGAACAAAAAAUUAAAGUUAUCUCUUUGGGCCUUAACUGAUACCCAUCUGCUCGGAGGUGUUUGUCUCCUCCUCUUAGCUGAUAUAGUUUUAUUAUCGGUAUGGCAAGGUGUCGAUCCUUUACAGCGAGUAACGAAAGAUUUAGCAGAAAAGCCAAUCCUAAAUGAUUCCGAUGCGGUUCGGAUCCCUGUUAUUGAGUUGUGUGCAAGUCGUGACUUUAGCAUAUGGUUGACGAUUUUGUAUACUUACAAGGGUUUACUAUUAAUUGGUGGUAUUUAUUUAGCCUGGGAGACACGUAAAGUCAGUAUACCAGCGUUAAAUGAUUCACGUUAUAUCGGUGCAUCCGUUUAUAAUGUGGUUAUCUUAUGUGCAAUUUGCAUACCAUUAUCAACUGUUUUGGAGGAUUAUCCAAGUGCAGCUUUUAUUUUAAUGUCAGUAUUUAUCAUUUUUUGUACAACUGCAACAUUAUUCUUGGUUUUUAUCCCAAAGAUUACAGAGCUGAAGAGAAUUAACGUUCCUGAAACUAUAACUUAUCCUAACAUGCCCAUCACCGAGUGCGGAAGUUCAAUUUAUCCUCACCGGAUGACAAGUUUUAAAGAAGCUGAUUUAUUAUCCAAAGUAACACGAUUAGAAGCAUCUUUGCAUCGGAAAAACAAUACUAUUGAUGAAUUAAGGAGGCUACUUAAUAAAAAAGAUAAACCCUCCGCAAUUGAGAAUAUCAAUUGCGUAACUGACUAUACGGAUUACGAUGAUACAACUGACCAUGAAACUGGUUGUGUUUCGCCCCAGAUUCUUAUGGAUUAA